GGACUCCUACCUACGUGGCAAACGGUAGCUUUUAUUUGUUUUCAGCCUUGGUGGAGAGGAAGAGGGCUCCUGAUUCCUUUGUUCUCUCUCUCUCUCUCUGUCUUUCUUUCCUUGUGGAGCUUCUUUAAUGACGAAAAUUGCUAUUACUUGAUCUGCAUUUAAAGCUGCGCAUCGGCUGUUGCGUCUGCUGAGCGAUUCGAUCGAUCGAUUCUUCGAUCUCCAACUGUAGAACUGUAGGAAGGAAGAACGAAAAUGUUGGACGGAUUGCUAGGCCGAGGUUUCACUUCCAAAUGUAAAUCGUCGAUCAAGCUUAUAAAAGCUCGAAUCGAUGUGAUUCGAAGGAAGAGGAAAGCAAUGCAAAAGUUUCUCAAGAAAGAUGUUGCGGAUCUACUUGUGAACGGCCUCGACAUUAAUGCUUAUGGCAGAGCUGAGGGACUUCUUGUUGAACUGAACCUUUCUUCCUGUUAUGAUUUAGUAGAGCAAUUUUGUCAUUGCAUUUUGAAGCAGAUUUCAGUCAUGCAAAAACAAAGGGAGUGCCCUGAGGAGUGCAGGGAAGCCGUCCCAUCUCUAAUGUUUGCUGCUGCAAGAUUUGCUGAUUUGCCAGAACUACGUGAUCUCAGACAAUUGUUUGCCGAGAGAUAUGGGAAUUCCUUGGAAUCUUUUGUGAAUCAAGAGUUUGCCGAGAGGAUGGAUGCAAAGCCUCCUACAAAGGAAAAGAAGCUUCUGCUGAUGCGUGACAUUGCAAAAGAGUUCUCUUUAAAGUGGGAUUCCAAGGCUUUUGAACAAAAGAUGUCUAACCCUCCUGCAUCUGUACUGGACCAAUCCAAGAAACAGGGGUCUUCUCACGGCAGUAAUGGAUACAACUUGCGCAAGAUGGAGGAUACUGUCCCAGAAAUAGACACCCAGGAUGUUUCAUCUCGAGGAAGGAGGGAACUCACCCAUGAUGGGUACAAAUCACAUAGCCACAGGGAACACACACAGAAUGUUUCAUCACGGGGAAGGAGGAAACUCACCCAUGAUGGGUACAAAUCACAUAACCACAGGGAAGAUACUGAUCCAAAGAAAGAUAACGAAGCCAUCUUAUCUAAUGGAAGACGGGAAUUCAGUGAUGAUGGGCACAAAGCACACAAUAGCAGAGGAGAUACCACCCUCAAAAGAGAUAACAAGGAUGUCCCAACUCGAGGAAGACGAGAGCUGACUGACAAUGGAUACAAAUUGCAGAAAGAAAGAGAAGAUACCAUCUCAAAGAGGGACAACCAUGAUGUCUCAUCUCGUGGAUGGCAGGAAAUCACCAGUGACAAGCACAAGCCACACAGCAACAGAGAGGAGGAUAGUCUGACGAGGAGAAAGCACCAGGAUCUUUCAUCUCAUGGAAGGCGGGAAGUUAGUGAUGCUGGUUAUAAAUCAAGAAGAGACAACUUAGGUGGUUUAGCUAAUGGAGAAUGGGAGCACAUUAAUGAUGCAAGCAAACAGUGUAACGGUGGGGCUGACACUGUCCUUGAAAGUUACAAUGGAGGCAUUUCUACUCAUGCCAGGGGAGUUGCUCCUAGUAUUACAAGAAGACAGCAGAUGAAGACAGAUGGUAUGGAUGUGCCUGUUGCUAUUGCUGGUGAUAAACACGAUGGUCCAAAGAAUCAUUCAUAUUCAAUAAACAAAUUUACAGAGGAAAAUGCAGGAAGCCUGAAGCCUUUCUGUAAUAAUAUUGUUCCUCCUCCAUACAUCAAACCGAGAGACACCAAGCAUGGAACCAAUUCAGAAGUUCAGUGGACCAGUUCUGACAAUAAUGAAGUCUCUGGUGAUCCUCCAAACAGCAACAGAGAUGUUAUAAGAAAGAAGUCAGAGAGGACAGAGAAAAGGUUAGACCAUGUUGACUAUGCUACAAGGGUGAAUGGUUAUGGGGAUGAGAAAGAUCAUUGGGAUGAUUUGGUUGAUGAUGCAAAGCCAAAGCCAAAGCCAAGAUCUGUUAGAAGAAGACACUUGAAACCACCACCAGGUCGUGAAAGCAUUUUCAAUUCUGAGCAUGAAGAAACUGCAAAGAGAAAUCCAAGCGUCAGAAAAGAAGAUGCGAGGCGGGGCCUCCAAACGUUAUUUGAUGACGACCAUGAUUCAAGGUCUGAAGAGGAAAAGAUAGAUAAACUAUUGUUACAUUACAGCAAGAAGCCAUCAACCUAUGAACCUAGCAAUAUGAGGAAGGGAUCGACAGCUCCUCCUCCACAUGACACUGCAGCUGAUGUUGGCCGACGCCCUCGUCACAGAAGCAGAGAUGAGGCACACUUGAACACAGGGUUGGGUCAUCCUCCUGCUCGAGCAGUGUCCCUCCCUCCAGAACCAACAACCCCAACUGAGAUGUCAAGGGCUCCUGCUCGUGCCAGUUCUUUUCAGCCUGAUGGACAAGCUGGGCAUGUCCAUCCUAAGCUGCCAGACUGCGAUGAUUUGGCAGCCCGUGUAGCAGCCCUUAGAGGAACCUAGAGGAUUUCAUAUGUGUCUCUUAAUGGCAUUUUGAUCAGGGAUUAAUUCUUAUGAAUUGGGAUUUCAUUUGGUUAUGAUUCUAUAUGCCUUGAUGUAAUUACACGCACGGAGGGGAAAAAUGAAAGCUGAUAAGUAAUACUCCCUCUCUACCAAAAAGGCUGUCUUGUUCACAUCUUGAGGAGGUGGUUCUUAAUGUACUAAUUAUUUACUAAUAUGAAAUUUGUUUCCGAGUUUCC